GUCUUUGAUCUCCUGCAAACACCAGAUAACCAGAGCCUCCCUGUUUUUAUAGUUGCUAGGUUAUUUAUAGCUCUCUCCUGCAAUGAGAACUGAUUUAAGUUCUGUCAGUAUUUCACAGCCACGCAGGUAAGUACCAAAGGUCGGAGUUUUCCCGAGGUGUCUCACAAGGUGCAGCAGCUCUCCCUGCACUGGUGCUCAGCUGUGCUGCACUGGAGGGCGCAGUGCUGCAGCCUUUCCCUCUCCUUUCCCCCAAAACCCUCUCACACCUGCACCUCUGCCAGCCACACGUGCAGGGCUGUACCAGGAAGAGAGGCAGGGCGCAUGUGUGCAGCUCCUGAGCUCCUCAGCCCUCUGGAAUUCACACAGGAAACACGAUGAGAACGGACCAAGGAAAGGCAUUUGUGAUAAAUGGGAAGUUCUGCUUUGCUGUGUGUGGCUGGAGGGUGGGAGCCCUGGUGGCUCUGUGCCUUCUGCAGCAGGCUCAAGGUCAUGUUCAACUUCUCCCUCCUCAAAAUGUGACGCUGCUGUCGAAGGACUUUGCCAUGAUUUUGAGCUGGGCUGCAGGGGAAGGUUAUCCCCCAGGUGUGACCUACACUGUGAGGUACGAAAGCCAGGAUCGCCUGGACAAAUGGAUGAAGGUUCCUCACUGCCAAAACAUCCCCAGAACCUUCUGCAAUCUGACCUGUGCCCUCUCCAGCUUGUACGUGAAGGCGCGGGCCCGGGUGAAGGCGCUGUGGGGACAGUCCCGGUCGCCGUGGGUGAAAUCCCAGUUCAGGGAUUAUUACUCAGACGUGGAGCUGGCUCCCCCCGUGCUGUCCCUGGACGUCAGGGACAAUUCCAUCCACGUGAGCGCCUCCUUCCCCCUGCCCGCCUGUGUGGAGAGCCUCACCUGGAAGUACGACCUGAACCUCUGGGAAGCAGGAUCUCAAGACAAGAAGAAGUACGAAGGUUACUUCAGGAAGGACACGGUGAUCAUCAACACCACUGCUCUCAGGGGCAAUUACUGCUUCAGUGCCAGGGCUCUGUACGAAAGCAUCAGCUUGAAGCACAGCGAAUUCUCCCAGCCAGUGUGUGUGCUGUUAAACCACAAAGCAAUGGAUUGGAAGUUUUUACUUCUGGUUGUGAUCCUUCUGUUUGUCCUCCCCAUCUCUGUGGCCGGUCCUUUCAUCUGCUGCCUGGUGAAACACGAGGCCAAGCACAGGAAGAUGCCUCAGGUUUUGGAUUUCUCUCAAUUUAAAGCUGCUGGACCAACCUUCCACUUGGAGUUCAGUGAAAAGGAAUUCUGCAGUGAUGAUCUGAACUGCACAGAGAAGCCAGUGCCUCAAAGGAGGGCAAACAGAGCUUCAGGAGGACACCACCUGCCAUGGAGGGCUUCUUUCCCAUCAUCAUCAUCGUCAUCAUCGUCAUCAGAGGAUGAGGAGGAAGAAGAGAGCAGCGCUUUGAUCCCAUACCAUGAAAUGCCCCGGUAUCCAAAGAGACUCCUCAGCUGUCAGGCACCCCCAGCAGCCCUGGGGAAAAGCAGCCUGGGUUUGGGAUCUGGAGGUGUCUCUGUGGACAGCGGCUCUGUGCCUGACCUCAGGGCGCUGGGCUUCACCCUCUUUGCAGAGAGGAAGGCUGAGGUGGACACCUCGGGACCCCAGGCUGACGAGGACACAGCCCUGUAUGUCAGCUCCUCCUUGGGAAGAAUCUCCCUCACUGAUGUGAGAUUCCCAGGGGGCAGCGAGCACGGACAGGGUGAUGGAAACAGGGAUGAGAGGCUGGGAAUGGCCUCCCUUCAGCCCCUGCUGGGGGGGAUUUGUGCUGACCCCCACUCGCACAGGAAGGCUCCUCACUCCUCCAGGGAUUUCCAGAAAUCCAUCCUUGAUCUGCAGCUGCAGAGGGACUCGACGGCCCAGCCCAGAGAGGAUCCCAGCAGGCAGCUGCUCAUCCCCCUGUGGACACUGCAGGUGGCAGAGGACGAAGGCAUUGCCAGUGACUGUGGCAGUGACGAUUCCACCGAGCCCACGGUGCUGGGUGACGCUUUUGAGACCUCAAAUACAGAGGAAAAAUAUGGUCCAAAGUUGCAAUUCCCAGGCUACGAGCACUCACAUUACUUGGGAAGGAUCUGAAGUACCCAGCAGGUCUGGGGACUGCCUGGAAAAUGCUGGAGAGCUCCAGAUAUCCCAGCAAGGAUCCUUGAACAAGGACAAAAACCUGAUAAACUGAUGUCUGGCAAUGGCUUUGGGGACACAAAAGGUGCAUUUUAUUGCUAAGUCACCUCUGUGCUUCACUGUACAGGCAAACAGGCACUGCCUGGGGGUCACCUGAGACAUCAGGACCAGGGAACUGCUGCACGUGGGCUAAGAAAGGCAAAAGCACAACCCAGCCCUGGGUGAAACCUUCAGCUGGGGCCUGAAAAUGCAGUGUUGUACCUGUGGAUUUGGAGCAGAUUUUGAACUGUUUUGUGCCACCUUUGCUUCUGUAAGUCCAGAGCUUGACUGAAAGUUCCUCACAGAGAUAUUCAGCAAGGUCUGGUUUUUGUGGGAUGAGAAGUUCUCCAACUCAUCCUGCAGAAAUCACCUUCUGUGUUCCAACAGAGGGAACUGAAGCCAAAGUGGGCAACAUGUUUGUUUAUUUAUUUAUUUUAUACUUAUUGAAGCUGAAAUUGCUCCUGCUGUGCAGAUGUCUGAGAGCAAUAAUAUUUUGAUACAAA